CCGGGUUGCCGCUGGUGAGCGUGUCCCCGCACCGCGAGGCCGCCGCCGCUCUCAGGACCGGGCGUCUCCCUGGACGGGGCUUGCUGCUGCGAGGAAGGCAGCGGGCCGCAGAAUUUACAAAAUGGCUGAUAAGUUGGAUGAAUUUAUCCAAGAGCGAAAAGCCAAAUUGGCUAGAGACAAAGCUGAGUUGGAACAUGAUCCACCUUAUAUGGAAAUGAAGGGAAAGGCAUCAGAAAAGCUUUCUGAAAACAGUAAGAUACUAAUCUCCAUGGCUAAGGAAAACAUACCACCGAAUAGUCAAACCAAGGGUUCCUUAGGAAUAGAUUAUGGAUUAAGUUUACCACUUGGGGAAGAGUAUGAACGGAAGAAACAUAAACUAAAGGAAGAGUUGCGACAAGAUUACAGGCGCUAUCUUACUCAGGGUAUUACACAAGCAAAAAGAAAGAAAAAUUUUCUAUCCACGGGUGAACCAGAUCCAGCUACUCUGGGAGUUUCUCUUCCUAUUGGUGAGAGGCUGUCUGCCAAGGAAAGAUUGAAACUUGAGCGCAACAGAGAAUACAAUCAGUUUCUCAGGGUUAAGGAAGAAUCCAGUGAGAAGUCCAGGCACAUUGAAAAGAGUACUGAGCCCAACAGUGAAGGGAUUAAAAAAGCUUUUAGUCAAGUUAAGCCUGAUACACCUUCACAGCUACACACAUCUUACGAAAAUUCAGAGGGUCCCGCAACAGAUGUUUUAAUUCCUUCAGAGGCAUAUGAACAACUUCUAAACCAAAGACGACUGGAAGAGGACAGAUAUCGGCAACUAGAUGAUGAAAUUGAAUUAAGGAAUAGAAGAAAUAUAAAAAAAACACGUGAAGAAGUGGGCAUCCGUAACACAGAGCACCCAAGUUUGUCUAAGAAGGCUGACGUUCCAGUCAGAAGUCUUCGCAGGUUUAAUGACAAUCACUUAUUUGAUAGACACUAUUAUAGACCACACCAAGAUCCGGAAGUAAGUGAAGAAAUGGAUGAGAGGUUUAGAUUUGAGAGUGAUUUUGAUAGAAGACUUUUGAGAGUGUAUCCAGAUGACAGGAUGCACGGGAGCAGACGAGGGACUGGGUCACCUGUGGAGUAUGACGGUGAUGUCACAAAACAGUUAAACACACGCAUUUCAUCUGCUGGCAAUAAAAGUGCUCAAGAUAAUGCACCAUCCAAAUCCAAUCGAGAGAUCUGUAGUCCUUUUGCGGGGAUGCUGUUUGGAGGUGAAGAUCGAGAAGUUAUUCAGAAAAGAAAAGAGAAAUAUAGACUGGAGCUGUUGGAGCAAAUGGCUGAGCAACAGAAGAAUAAGAAACGAGAAAAAGAUUUAGAGCUCAGAGUGGCUGCUUCUGGAGCACAGGAUCCUGAGAAGUCGCCUGAUAGACUACAGCAGUUUAGUGUGGCGCCAAGGCACUUUGAAGAGAUGAUUCCUCCUGAAAGACCUAGAGUAGCUUUCCAGACACCUCUCCCUCCUCUGUCUGCCCAGUCUGUCCCACCCAUCCCAUCACUUCAGGCUCUUCCAUCCCAGAAUGAAGAUUUGUACAGUGGACUCGGCAGCACCCUUGGUGAAAUGGUGCCUCCCAGGAUUGCACCUGUGCCUCCACCUCCUCUAAUACCCCCUCUGGCUGCCAACUAUAGAACUCCUUAUGACGAUGCCUACUAUUUUUAUGGUGCCAGAAAUACUUUGGAUCCCACUCUUGCUUACUAUGGCUCAGGAAUGAUGGGAGUACAGCCUGCAGCUUGUAUUGGUGCGCCUGUUACUCAGCAAGUAGCACAGCCUGUUGUGAAUAUGAUUAGGCAGAAAGAAGUGAAAGUUACAAGUGAUCAAGCAGUUAACUCAGGAUUGUUUUUUGAAGAUAAGCCAAGACCUUCCAAACAAUCACUUCAGUCCUACCAAGAAGCCUUGCAGCAGCAGAUUCGAGAAAGGGAAGAAAGAAGGAAGAAAGAACGUGAGGAGAAAGAAGAAUAUGAAGCUAAAUUAGAAGCAGAAAUGAGAAGUUACAACCCCUGGGGAAAAGGUGGAGGUGGUGCUCCUCUCAGGGAUGCAAAAGGAAAUCUGAUAACUGAUUUGAAUAGGAUGCACAGACAAAAUAUAGAUGCCUACCAUAACCCAGAUGCAAGAACCUACGAAGAUAAAAGGGCUGUUGUAUCUCUAGACCAAAAUUUAGCCACUUCAAAUGCUGAGAACCUUGAAGAUUCUGCAAAUAAAAACUCAGGUCUUACCCAAACACAGACCUCUCCUUUUGCUCGGGGAAAUAUAUUUGGUGAGCCUCCUACUGAACUUCAGAUUAAACAGCAAGAAUUAUAUAAGAACUUUCUUCGUUUUCAGAUUGAAGAAAAGAAACAAAGAGAAGAAGCAGAACGCGAGAGACUGAGAAUUGCAGAAGAGAAAGAGGAAAAGCGGCUUGCGGAACAGAGGGCGCGGAUUCAGCAGGAGUACGAGGAGGAGCAGGAAAAGAAAAAGGAAAAAGAGGAAGAGCAAAGGCUUAAAAAUGAAGAGCUUAUUCGUUUGGCUGAAGAAAGAAGAAAAGAAGCAGAAAGAAAGAAGAGGGAGGAAGAGGAGAAACAUAAUUUGCAACUUCAGCAUUACUAUGAAAGAGAAAACCUGAUUGCGGCAGAGGCUAAGCGCGUGAGACAGCCUUCUCCUGUUGUUCCGGCUCUUCAGCACAAAAUUGCAAGCAAACUGCAAAGGCCUCCUUCAGUCGACAGCAUCAUAAGUUCCUUUAUUCAUGAAAGUUCUGUGUCCAGGCCACAGUCUCCUCCAGUACCUGCUAGGAAAAAUCAGCUUCGUGCAGAAGAGGAGAGAAAAAAUGUAAUUCUGGAAUUAUCAGAAAUGAGAAAACAGCUUCGUAGUGAAGAGAGGCGUCUCCAAGGACAGCUGCUACAUAUGGACGAUGAAGUUCACAUAAGGCAAAGAGAAAGGAAUCCUAUGGAUAUAUUUGACAUGGCUAGACAUCGAUUGCAAGCUCCUGUUAGAAGACAGUCGCCUAAAAACUUAGAUGUUAACACUUUGCAGAAUAUUCAUGAUUUUAAUGAGCUGAAAGAUAGAGACUCUGAAACACGAGUUGAUCUGAAGUUUAGGUACCCCGAUCCUCCACGAGACCACCACACCUUGGAGAUCCAACAGCAGGCCCUGCUUCGGGAGCAGCAUAAGAGGCUGAACAGAAUCAGAAUGCAGGAGUGUGCUGACGGUGAGCCGUGGUCCAUUACUGUUUUCAACACUCAGGCUCACCGUAUGCCCAGAGAUGUCAAUAAUGAUUUGAAAAAUUCGUUGUUGGAAUCUGAUAGUGCCUUUAUAGGUGCUUACGGCGAGACGUACCCGGCCAUUGAAGAUGACACUUUCCCUCCAGCAUCACGGCUGCCCUCGGCGAGGGAGCGCCGGAGGAACAAGCUCAAAGCACUGGACCUCGUAUUCAUUUUAAUGUACUACCCGACGAUAUCUCAAUCUGUCUCCAGCGUAAAUAUUGAUCAGCUCAGAAUGAGAAAUGAGGAGCGCAUGCGAAGACUGAAUGGACAAGAUAAACCUAUUAAUACAGUAGACGAUGAGAGUUCACUGCUUGAUCCUGAUGACAUCAUCAAACAUGUGAGCGAUGACGGGUCCAACUCUGUAGCAACCGAACCCUGGCUCCGUCCUGGGACCUCAGAAACCUUGAAGCGCUUCAUGGCAGAACACCUACACCAGGAGCAGCAGCAGGUUCCUGGAAAACCAGGUGCCUACACUUGGCAGGGCCUGUCCACCGCACAUGGUUAAACUACGUCUGUACUGGAUCCAGUAGUGUCUUGUUUGAAGUGUUGAAUCUGUAUACUCUACCUGGGAAGGAUUUGCUUAGGCUCCAUCUGUACAUAAAAGUGCUUUGCCAUGAUGGUGUGUAUGAUAUAUAUUCUGUACAUAAAUAAAAGGCAAUGAUUUUUAAUAUGAUAGAAUGCUAUAGAAGUACUUUUGCUGAAUUUUGCCAUUAAUGAAGGGGCAGUAGCUCUUGAAUUCAACUACCGUAUGUGCAUUAUUUAAACUGCUUGUCACUAGGACAAGGAGUAGAAAAGGUCUUUAAUGGUACUGUAAAACCAGAAUUCUGUUGGCUGACUGGUACCUAUUCAAGGUGGUGCGUCUCGCAGCUGCAUUUGUUGUGGCUGACUUUCCCAGCUGCUGUGUAAUGAGGGAAUCAAAUGUCCUUGUAGCUACUGAUGCAGUAGGAAUUAUGGGAGAUAUUUUAUUCCUCUGAGCCAUGCACUAAAUGUUAAAUUUUUGUCUGCAUUUUAUUUUUUGUGUCAAUGAAAGUUACUAAUUUAUAUGAUUUAACUUAACUCCUUGAUGAAUAAAUUUCUAUUUUUAUUACCA